AUGAAAGCUGAAGAGAUCUUCAUGAAAUGGACUACACGACCAGACCCAGAUUCGAAUCCUCAUUCCCUCAAAAACUACGCCAUGACCGAGCUCAACAACUUCGAGCCAGCCCCUAUACAAGAAUCUCUCCAUCAAUCAGCGGAAGCAAUGAGACGUUUCGGAAUAUCACAAGAAUUGAUAGAGAGAAUGAUAGCACGGGAGCAUCAAGAUCUAUUUGUGGGGCAGACCCUCUGUUUUUGGUUGGAGAUUGCAAUGCGCUCUAGAUAUGGUACUGCACAUUAUUACUUGGAAAACUUGAAAAAUAGAGCUAUUGAAAUAUUGCACGCGAAGGAGAAGAUGUGUGGGAAGAUCGAGGGGGACUUUCAGCCGGCUAGCACCUUCGAGAUGGUGUUACGAGGUUUGCCGUAUAGAUCACGUGAAAAUGCUCUAGGCUCUCGAGGUGGUUUAUAA